AUGACGACUGCUACUAGCGGGGCCUGGCCAGCCACGCAAGGGCCUACUGGGUCUGGAAUGCUCGAAGAUCCCGCCCACGAGGCGGAAUCCCGCAAAAGAAAAGCCUCCGGGUCCGUGUCAAGUAAGAAUGGCCGCCGUCAGAAAAUUACGAGAGCUUGUGACUUGUGCAAGGUCAAAAAGACCAGGUGUACGGGCACUCUCCCGUGCACGAGGUGCACGCGGCUGUCGCUUCCAUGCAGAUACAAUGCAGCAUACUCCAGAGGCCUGCCACCGGACCCGCUACCUGCAUCUCCCGCUCCCGACCUUUCUACUUCUGCGGCGACACUUGCAUCGACGAGGACAGGCCGUCGGGAUUCUAGGCCUAGUCAUUGGUCCAGUGGCUCCUCUGGUGGCAGCACAGCCAUUCAAAGGGCCAGCAACGCGGCCAGCAGCCAUCAUGUGGACUCAAGCCAACAGCAUCAGACAACGUUCUUGCGAAACUCUCCCGAGCCCGGGUCGACGGAUUUUGAGGGCAACUACAUCGGCCCUGCUUCGGGGGUCUCAUUCAUCAAUCGUGUUUGGAGCAGAUUGCACCAAGACGAACGAGCGCACAUUCCCGAUAUGUUCAAGGAUGAGUCCUCGACUAAUACCGCCGUCUUCAUGUUUGGCGAUAAGCCCUACAGUCAUGACCAAGAGGUUGACUUUGUCUUGCCGCCCUUUGACAAAGCAAUGGAGUUGAUCGCUAUUUACUUUGACUUCUCGAUGGUGACAUAUCGCUUUUUGCAUCGAGGCAGUGUGGAGAACUGGGUUAGACAAGUCUAUGCGAACAAUAUCUCCGUAGCAAAUCUCCCCGUAGGCAACCUGGUUGCCAGAACAGCCAUUGUCCUUAUGAUUUUUGCCGUCGGCACUAUCCACCAAAGUGUCCAGCCCAGGGAUGGUCCGACGGAAAAUGAGCGCUGGUAUGCGGCAUCCAAGUACAUGUCAUCCUUGGAGUCGGGUCCUCCACGUCUGGAGACUAUCCAGGCCCGAUUGAUACAAUGUCUUUUUCUUCUCUCUUCCUCUCGGGCUAAUGAAUGUUGGUAUUCUUUUGGUACCGCCUUGCAAGUUGUCACGGCCCUGGGCUUACACCGGAAAUGUCCAGUUAAUCUAUCAAAAAAUGGGUGUUCAUAUUUCGAGCUGGAAAUGCGAAAGCGGAUCUUUUGGAGCGUAUAUACGUUGGACAAAUACCUCAGCAUUAUAUUCGGGCGGCCUCGACUUCUCCAUGAUGAAGAUAUCGAUCAGGAACUUCCUGACGAAAUGAACGACAAUGAUCUUCUAGAAGAUGACCCUGCAAGACGGACAGGUUCCACAGACAGCAUGAUGAUUGCCUCUGUCCUCCAUUACCGGCUCGGUCGCAUACUAGGAGAGAUAUCCCGGCAGCUCUAUAGCAUCAAUCCCCUUUCCCGAGACUCGCCCCUUGAAACUGCUGUCCGUCUUACCUCCGAGCUAGAGCGAUGGAAGGAAAGUGUGCCACCUCUCUUCAAUAGCGUCAGGCCUUCUAGUCUAAUCCCACCACUCUGUCGGCAAAGCCAGGUCCUCCAACUCGCCUACUCCCACGCCAUGAUACAUGUGACCCGCUCAUUUCUUCUAAACGACUUCACCGACCUGAGCCGCAGACCAAGAGACCCCCGCCCGAUGAUAAGCACCCAUAUACACAAGUGUAUUUCUGCCGCAGAAGAUAUCAUGACUCUGGUUGAUGAUUUGGCGCAGCAAAAAAUCUUUAUCCAGUCCUUCUGGUUCACACAUUACGUGACCUUUUGUGCCAUUCUAGUUGUUUAUAUUCAUAUUAUCCAACAACACCGUCAGUCAACUGCACCGAGCCCUUCUGCAGGAAGUCCCGCGGAUGUCAACAAGUUACACCUUCUAUUUUCUCUUGCAGAAACCUGCCAACAACACCUUGCUGAGGCGACGCGGAAGAAUUGCCCUAGUCGCAGAUAUAGCAUCAUCCUCGAAGAAUUGAGAAAGGAGGUCCAUAGACACAUUGGCGCGGCUGAUUCCGCCAGUGCAACUCUGGCACCCGUCAUGCGCGAUGAUAAUAACGAUACAAUAGAUAGACCAGCAACACCUGAUGUAGUUGGGGAGACGGUUCCUUUUGAUAUAGAGAACAUGAACUUCGCACCUAUGCCCAGUAUUCUGGGACGCGUAGAGCUGGGAACAUCCAUCGCUACUAUGGAGGAUACGGGACUGCUUGAAAGUCUUGAGGGCUCGAUUUGGUGGGCUCAACUUGACUCGUGGGCCCUGUCCAGCUUUCCUAAUGAUCCCUCGACAUUUGAUUUCUAG